AGCUAGGUUCAGUGUCAGACUUCAAGUUAACAGCUUAAGGGACAAGUUAGAUUCCCUUUAGAGCACGUGUUCUUGUGUAACUAAAGUAACCCUGUUGCUAUAGUGAUACACACACGUGUAAAACAGUGCUUCAUCAUUUGACAAGCUGGAACCCAUCCACAAGUUAAUUGAGUGUUCAGGGAGGGCUCCUGCCCAAUUUGACUGACAUGGAUACAGCUUUAGAAACUGACAGACUCUGGGAGGAUCGAGAUGUCAGAUUUGAUGUGCCCUUGAGUCAGAUGAAGAUGCGACCCGGUGAACGUCUUAUUGACCACUUGGAUAGUAUAGAAGAUACAAAAGGAAACAACGGAGAGAGAGGACGACUCAUGGUCACCAACUUACGGAUUAUCUGGCACUCUAAGACAUUACCUCGCAUAAACCUAUCUGUUGGAUUUAACUCUGUGAUCAACAUAUCAACACGCUCGGCAGAGUCCAAACUCCGUGGUUCAACAGAAGCACUUUACAUACUUACUCGGUGCAACAACACCAGAUUUGAGUUUAUCUUUACUAACUUAGUUCCUGAUACUCCUCGACUCUUCACUUCCGUUCUGGCUGUGCAAAGAGCAUACGAGACUACUAAGAUGUACAGAGAUCUAAAGUUGAGAGGAGCUCUGAUUGCAAAUAAGACAUUAAGGCUUCUUCCUUUGGAAGAAGUCUAUGAUAAGGUAAAUGGAGUGUGGAAUUUAUCUUCUGAUCAAGGAAACUUGGGAACCUUCUACAUCACUAAUGUUAGACUAGUUUGGCAUGCAGAAAUAAAUGAGACUUUCAAUGUCAGUAUACCCUACAUACAAAUGAGAGCUGUUAAAAUCAGAGACAGCAAGUUUGGUACAGCUCUUGUAGUCGAGAGUCUGAAAAAUGCAGGAGGAUACGUUUUAGGGUUCAGGAUAGACCCUGUUGAGAAGUUGAACGAAGUAAUGAAAGAGAUACACAGUUUGUACAGAGUGUACAGUGCUAACCCUGUUUUUGGAGUUCAGUACCAAAUCGAGGAGCGGUUGGAGCCGAUAGAUCAGCUGACUAUACAAUACGAAGAAGAUGAUAUUGAGAUAACUAACGAUAACCCGUCUAGUGAUGCAUUUGUGGCCUACUAUGCGGAUAACAACAAAGGGACGGAUUCAGAGCCAGUUUUCUGUGAACAGUUAGGACUUGCAAUAGAAAGCAUUAAAGAUGGUUUCACCUUGGAGAGUCUGUGGGAAGUCACUGGAAUUUGAACUUUGCUGAUCAUACCAAAUAUUAUCUAUAGACUAUACAGUAUACAGUAUACGUCAUGUAAGUUUAAUGUAAGAUACUUUAUGUAAAUAAUAAACUUGUUUAUCAUUGUUAAAUGCUGGAUCAUUUUCAAUAUUUUCACAUUAGAUUUUUCAGCUUAUUUGUUGUCGAACGUUUCAGUUUUUGCUCAGAAUUUUACAUGGAAAUUAUGAUGACGUUUGGCUCCGACAUUUUAAUUCCAAUUACUUGAGGGUUAAAAUUUAUGUUUAUUUUAAAUGUGAAAAUUCAAAGGUUAUUCUGGCUGAAAUGUUGAAUGCAUUAUCAAUUAUGUUUCAAAAAAUAAAUGUAUUAUGUACUCAAUUUUAUGAAAUUCGUUUAA